AUGACUCCACCUUGUAAAAAACUUUGUGUUGAAAAAAACAUAUGUAGACCUAAUUUAUUUAACGAGGACAUAAUAAAUCAAAUAAAACUUUCUUUAAAUAACGAUAUUCGCGAAACAAUUACACUGGAUACAUGUGAUGUUAAAAUCAUAAAAUACCCUUUUAAAGUUUUAGUAGUGAAUAACGUCAUACAAGACCUCAAUCUUUUAAAAUCAGUUAUUAAUGAUUUCAAUAGUAUUACUUGCAAUGAAAAAAAUAAUGAUUUAUAUCAGUUUAAACAAUCUGACGAUGUUAAAAAUUUAACAAAUUUGAAAUCAGUGAGUAUUUUAUAUGAUUGUAUUAGGAAUGAAAUUAGAAAUUGGUCUUCGAAAAUAUUUGGAAAAUUUAAUUUAAAAGAUGAUAUCUCUGCAACAUUUUCUUCUUAUGGUUAUCAAGAUAGAUUACUUUGUCAUGAUGACAAAUGUGGAGAUCGUCACAUAGCUUUUAUAUUAUAUUUAGUCGAAGACUGGAAUGAAAAAGAUGGAGGAGCACUUCAAUUGUUUUCUGCUAAUAAUGAUGGUUACCCUGACAAAAUUGUACAAAGUUUAUAUCCAAAGUUGAAUACAAUGGUGUUUUUCGAAGUAUCCCAUUCUUCAUUUCAUCAGGUUUCUGAAAUACUAACAAAAAACAAAAAAAGGUUAUCCUUAAAUGGAUGGUUUCAUUCGACGAAAAAAAUGUCGAGUAAACAAAACGAUAAAAAAUUAACACUGAAUAAAAAUAUUUGUAGCGAUGACAUUUUCGAAUUAAAUAAUUUUUUUUCACCUACUUAUUUAGACAUUGAAAAUAAGUUAAACAUAAAAAAAAUAUUUUCUAAAAAUUCUGAAAUUCAACUUGAUAAUUUUCUUAUAUCGAAAUUUUGGAAUCAGAUAACAAGUGAAUUUGAUAGCGAGGAAAUAAAUUGGAUUGACAAAGGACCCUUAAAUGUAAGAAACUACAAAACAGCUGAUUUGAAUACAUUGCCACCUAAUUUAAAAACAAUAAAAAAUAUAUUGGAAUCGAAAACUUGGUUCACGUUUCUCAAAUCGAUAACCUCUUUGGAUUUUGUCCCAUCGGAAACUUCGGAUUUAAAUAUUUGGAAAAAAGGGAUAUUACCACAAUGUCACAUAGAAUUUCAAAAAUGGAUUCCCUACAAUUACACGAUAUUACACGAUAACGAUUCUGAUUUUCACGCGAGCGGAUUAGACGUGAUUUUAAGAAUACCAAUGAAAACAAAUAAUGAUGGUGAAGAAUUUGAAGAAAACGAUGAUAAUCUACCAAAAGCUGGUCAUGUAUUGUACAUAGAUUCGGAUUCGAAAGAAGAUGAAUGCCUAUUACACGUCGGUUACAAAAUGAAUUCUCUUUCUCUCAUUUACCGCGAUGAAAAAACAUUGAGGUUUACCAAAUAUUUACACUCUAAAUCGAAACCGUUUUAUCAAAUAUUUUCCACUUAUUAUCCUUGGAAACCACCAUUGGACGACCCUAAUUUAAAACAUGACGAAAACGAGUCAUCUUCCUCGGAUGAUUCGACCUUGGAAAACGACGAAGAAGAAGAAUUCAAUUCGAGCCACGAUUCGGAAAAUUGA